CUCAGGUGAGACAGAGGCUGGAAUGUUAUUAUUUACCUGAAAUUAAUGCGAUACUACAGAGAGAGAACACAGGAUUUAAGCUUUGAAAGUCGAGGUGUCAUGGGGUCAUGGAUGCUGAUUUGGAUUCUGUGUGCCACCGUCACUCUGAUGCCUGUGUGUCUUCAUGGAGCAAUAUCGGUCCGUUUUAAAACCGGACGGCCUCUGUAUGUUGCACUCGGCCAAACUCUUGUUCUGGAAGCCAUAUAUGAGAAGGAUCCAGGCGACAAGAUAGACAUGGUGACGUGGGAUCGCGAGAGAGGAACAGACACUGUCAGACUGUCACAUGGAAACAGAAUAUCUUUAGAGAAUGGAGAUGCACUUCUGCGGGUCACUGAUGUUGCAGAAGGGGACUUUGCGAUCUACAAGGUCACCGUUACAGACAGUAAUGGAUACCAGCAGCACGACUCCAUAGAAGUGCGAAAGAUUGUGGAACCUUUAAAGGCGUCAAUUACACAUGUGCUGGAGUGUGUUGUAGAUAAUCAUGGCAUGACGCAGUGGGACAGCCCUCAGUUUUCAUGGCUGGUUGAUGGGGUUACAAUAAUCAAUCAAACCGCUCUGUUAGCAGAUGGCAGUAGACUAGACAUCUCUGAGGUUAAAGGCGUUAACUACACCUGCAUCAUCAAGAGCAGCCUGGGGAUAGUGACUACACAUUAUCAAAUACCAGAAGGUUCAUUGUGAUGAAGAAAUGCAAGAACAGUUCCAUCCUUUAGCCAACACUGUACACUCACAACUUUUCUUUUAUAGUUUUAUUGAGACAAUUUACUUUUUUAAAUGUAUUUUACUUAAGUACUGUUUGACAUCACAUUAUAUGCUUUUCUCUCUUUUUUAUGACGUUUAUUAGAAUAGCAGAAAAAAAUUUCUGGCACAUAUACUGUACGUAUCUCACAAACAGAUUUCAGCUUCCAGGUUUAAAUGUUCUCUUUUUUUUUUGCUGUUUCUCUGCAGUUUUUCCAUUUGUUAUUGUUCU